AUGGUGAUGGAGGUCCUCUCUCGUAUGUUAAAUCGGCCUCCUCCGAGCUAUCAGUUUCACAGGCAUUGUGAGAAGGUUAGCUUAACUCAUCUGACCUUUGCUAAUGAUCUUAUGAUUUUUUGUGCUGCUGAUGAUUCCUCUUUGAGUUUUAUUAACGAGACUAUUCGAAAGUUUGGUGAUCUCUCGGGGCUAUUUACUAAUCUUAGUAAAAUUUCUAUGUUUGUUGUAGGGGUUAAUAGUGAUGAUGUUUAUCGUUUGACUACCAGUUUGGGUUUUGUCCUCAGGCAUCUCCCUGUUCGUUAUCUUGGGCUUCCUUUACUUUCUGGAAGGUUACGACCUACUGAUUGUGCUCUCUUAUUCAACGUAUUACUAGUCAGAUUCAUUCUUGGUUUGCUAGAGUUUUAUCAUUUGCAGGCUAACGUGUUUGUGCUGCCUGUGAGUGUGCAUCAUGAGGUUGAUAAAAUCUUGAGGUCUUAUCUUUGGAGGGGUAAGGAGGAAGGUAGAGGAGGUGUUAAGGUGGCGUGGGCUGAGAAUGUUGUGAGUACUAUGAAGAAUCUUUGGUUGUUGACUAGUUCGAGUUUUCUAUGGGUUCCUUGGGUGGAGGCUUAUAUUCAUAAAGGAAGGUCAUUGUGGGAGGUCGAUUCUUGUGUUGGUCGGUCUUGGUGUCUUUGUGUUAUCAUGUGGAAACGAGAUAGUCUAAAAGAGCAUGUUCAGAUGGAGGUUGGGGAUGGUAGGCAUUGUAAACUGUGGGUUUGGGUUCUUGGUCGUCAUAGUGGUUUUUUGAUUGCUAGUGCAUGGGAUACUAUUCAUCCUCGUAGUGUUAAGUCUCGGGUCCUUCAGGUUAUGGCUUCCUCUCACAGGAUUGGGUAUUGGAGGGUUGAGUUGUUUGGGGAGCAUAAUCAUUGUCUCCAUGGUGGUCAAGCUCGUGAGCUCAUUGUUCUGUUUCAGCUUAUUCCAUCUUGUAUCAGUGCUCGUGUUGUUUAUUUGCGUGAGGAUGCUCAUGGUAUUAUUUAG